GGGCAGCACCUGCCACAACUGAAUCAAACUGUUUCUUUCACCUCUCUCUCACACAACACGCAGAGAGAGAAAGUUUCUCACUCCUCAUCCUAUAAAUUCUUGUUCUCGCUUUUUCUCUCUGAUAACACCUACCUCAAUUCUCACCUGCAACGUGAAAAAGGUGCGAAAUCUCAUUGAUUUGGAAGAAUGUGGAAGGUUACGCGAUUCGCCGCAUCAUCGCGAUCGCGGUUGUUCUCGACGGCGAUACCUGCACCGUGUAUGGUUCAUAAACGUGGUGCUGAUAUUCUUCAUGAUCCUUGGUUCAAUAAGGAUACAGGAUUUCCUUUAACUGAAAGAGAUCGUUUGGGUCUUCGAGGCCUCCUUCCUCCUCGUAUCAUUUCAUUUCAGGAGCAAUAUGACCGUUUUAUGAGCUCAUAUAGAUCAUUGGAGAAGAAUACCCAUGGCCAGUCAGAUAAAAUUGUUUCCUUAUCCAAAUGGAGGAUCUUAAAUAGACUACAUGACAGGAAUGAGACAUUGUACUAUAGAGCACUUAUUGAUAACAUCAAAGAAUUUGCUCCAAUAAUUUAUACUCCUACAGUUGGGUUAGUGUGUCAAAAUUAUUGUGGGUUAUAUAGACGCCCACGUGGAAUGUAUUUUAGUGCCAAAGAUAAAGGAGAGAUGAUGUCAAUGAUCUAUAACUGGCCAGCUCCUCAGGUAGACAUGAUUGUCUUGACAGAUGGUAGUCGUAUUCUUGGGUUAGGUGACCUUGGAGUUCAGGGCAUUGGAAUACCUGUAGGAAAACUUGAUAUGUAUGUUGCAGCUGCUGGUAUCAACCCACAAAGAAUACUUCCGAUCAUGCUGGAUGUUGGAACAAACAAUCAAAAGCUACUUGAUGAUCGCCUUUAUUUAGGACUUCGACAACCUAGGUUGGAAGGUGAAGAGUAUCUGUCUAUUGUGGAUGAAUUCAUGGAAGCUGUUCACGCACGGUGGCCGAAGGCUAUUGUGCAGUUUGAGGAUUUCCAAAUGAAGUGGGCUUUUGAAACCCUGAAACGAUAUCGCCAUAAGUUUUGCAUGUUUAAUGAUGAUAUACAGGGCACAGCUGGUGUUGCACUUGCUGGACUACUGGGAACUGUAAGAGCCCAAGGUCGACCGUUGUCUGAUUUUGCAAAACAAAAGAUAGUUAUAGUUGGAGCUGGGAGUGCAGGGCUUGGCGUUCUUAACAUGGCUGUCCAAGCAGUUUCAAGGAUGUCAGGGUGCAGCGAAACAGCUGCAAAAAGUCAAUUUUUCUUAAUUGAUAAAAAUGGUCUUGUCACGACAGAAAGGAGUAAUCUAGAUCCAGCUGCAGUUCCAUUUGCUAAAAAUCCAAGAGACCUUGAAGGGCUUGCAGAGGGUGCUAGUAUCAUUGAAGUGGUUAAGAAGGUUAAGCCACAUGUGCUGCUUGGAUUGUCUGGGGUUGGUGGUGUCUUUAAUGAGCAGGUUCUUAAGGCAAUGAGAGAAUCUGUUUCAACAAAACCGGCUAUCUUUGCCAUGUCUAAUCCCACUAUGAAUGCUGAGUGUACUGCUAUUGAUGCAUUUAAUCAUGCUGGAGAAAACAUAGUGUUUGCAAGUGGAAGCCCUUUUGAAAAUGUAGAUCUUGGAAAUGGAAGAGCUGGCCAUGUAAAUCAAGCCAACAACAUGUACCUGUUUCCAGGGAUUGGCUUGGGAUCACUUCUGUCUGGUGCUCAUCAUAUAACAGAUGGAAUGUUGCAGGCAGCAUCUGAAUGCCUUGCUUCAUACAUGACAGAGGAAGAUAUCCAAAAAGGAAUCUUGUAUCCAUCCAUUGAUUGUAUACGAAAUGUUACAGCAGAGGUCGGGGCUGCUGUUCUACGUGCAGCAAUUGCUGAAGGACUGGCUGAAGGACACGGGGGUGUUGGGUCCAAAGAACUUGAACAUAUGUCAGAAGAUGAUACUGUGGAGUAUGUCAGAGGAAAUAUGUGGUACCCUGAGUAUUGCCCUCUUGUUCAUGAAAAAUGAAAUUUCGGUGAAGGCCUUGCAUUAUUCAUAUUUAGUUACAGCAAUUCAUGACUGACAAGGUUUAGAGAGUUGAAGGUCGAAUAAUGGAGGGGAAGGGGAAGGAAGAAAAAAAAAAGUGUCCCUUUGUUGCAGCCGUAAAUUGUUUGUGUAAUCAGUAAUGAAGUUUUGAUUUAAUAUUUAUUGGUUUUUUUAUUUUAGAAGCUCCAUGCUAUUGACUUUAUAUUAGAUUCUAAUUAAUAUACAUUUUCUUUGGCAUAUUACAGUCACCCUAGUUGUAAAAAAUUGAAUGCCGUUUCAUCUC